GCAGAUCCUCCGCAACAUUGGCCAGAUCAGCAAGAUGUGGGCGCCAAAUCAUGGAUUCUUCCCGCCUAAUCCUAGACCUUCCGUCAUCUUUACUCACCUGGGAACCAAUGUGAAUGCCUCUAGAGAUCAUCAUUUCCCUUCUCUCUGAAAGUCAUGAGCUGCCCUUCCAUUUCUUCAAUUCCUCUACCAAAUGAAAAAUUAUGGUUUCUUCUACUCGAAUUCUACGCUUAAUCUUUCCCUUGUAUUGGUGUUUUUGGACUGGAGAUAUUUUGGUAAGGGCUACAGAUCUGAACCCCUUGAAAACUCUGUUGUUUAUGCGUGACUUUAAUGAUCUUUGCUGCGUGAUUUCGCUACUAAAAAGUCUGGUUUUAUAUGGUCUGAAAUUCUGCUCUGUAUACACCUAGUUAAGCCUCGGUUUUUCCUUGUUAUGGUUUGUGAUUCGGCUGUUGUUUCAUUUCGAUCUCUGUCUUGUUUUCUGUAUUAUUUUGCUGUUGUUGUUCUGUGCAUUGUCUGCUGUUUUCUGGUCUCCAAGCUUGCUCGGUUUUAGCUUGUUUUACCCCUCACCAUUUAUCUUGACAUCUGCUCGAUUCUGCACUAAAUUCUGCUAUUGUUU